CGUGGCUGGGGGUGACGGUUUCUAAUAAAAAGUUUAUUUAUAAGAAUCCGAAUUGCGUUACAACAUAACAGCAUAACACUGAUUCACUACACGUCCAGGGUGGAGAGAUACUGAGUGGAAACACAGAGAGAGACUAAGAGGGGCCGUGAGAGACCGAGAAAGACCAAGAGAAACAGAGAGAGACCAAGAGAGACCGUGAGAGAGAGAGAGAUACCAAGAGAGACAGUGAGAGACCGAGAGAGUCCAAGAUACACCAAGAGAGAGCUUGAGAGACGAGAAAGACCAAGAGAAACAGAGAGAGACCGUGAGAGACCCAGAGCGUCCGAGAGAGACCAAGCGAGACCAAGCGAGACCGAGAGAGACCGAGAGAGCACACUGUGAGGCGUCAAUUAUUUUCUUCGUGAUCAACAGGUACAGUUGAUAAGAGUUUUAGCAGAGGAAUCCUCCUCAGGAAGAAGAGGCUAAAAGCUUGAGUAAAGCUUUGGAAAGUCAAGGUCCGAACGAGGAACAAACAACAACAACUAAAACAAGCAACGCAGCACAGAAACAUCUCGAGGAAGACGACCAAGCGAGUACUCAUCGUCCCCGAGAAGAUUUCGGAACAGCAGAAGAUACUUUGGGUUUGUGCGUGACUGUCUCGGGGUGAAGAAUGGCCUCCUUUGCGCUGGAGCUUGUCGGGGUCCUGCUCUCCGUGCUGGGGCUGCUGCUCGGCGUGACCAGCUGCGCCUUGCCCAUGUGGCGCGUGUCCGCCUUCAUCGGCGCCAACAUCAUCACGGCCCAGGUGUACUGGGAGGGCCUGUGGAUGAGCUGCGUGGUGCAGAGCACGGGCCAGAUGCAGUGCAAGAUGUACGACUCCAUGCUGGCGCUGCCCACCGACCUGCAGGCGGCGCGCGCCCUCUCCGUUCUCUCCAUCGUGGCGGGCGUGGUGGGGCUGCUCAUCGCCACGGUGGGGGCCAAGUGCACCAACUGCAUCGUGGACGAGGGGGCGAAGGCCCGGGCCAUGGUGGCGUCGGGCGCCACCUUCCUGCUGGCCGCUCUGGCCCAGCUGGUGCCCGCCUCCUGGUCGGCCCACAGCAUCGUGCAGGAGUUCUACAGCCCCCUGGUGCCCAGCAGCCAGAAGAUGGAGAUCGGGGCGGCCAUGUCUAUGGGUAUGGAGAUUGUGGGCAUCGCCCUGGGAGUGGUCGGCUUCAUCCUUUCCAUCGUGGUGUGCGCUCUGCCCAUGUGGAAGGUCACCGCCUUCAUCGGCGCCAACAUCAUCACGGCGCAGACCAUCUGGGAGGGCAUCUGGAUGACCUGCGUGGUGCAGAGCACGGGCCAGAUGCAGUGCAAGAUGUACGACUCCAUGCUGGCGCUCAGCUCCGACCUGCAGGCGGCGCGCGCCCUGACCAUCGUGGCCAUCCUGCUGGGCGUGCUGGCGGUGCUCGUCUCCAUCGUGGGAGCCAAGUGCACCAACUGCAUCGAGGAUGAGGCGUCCAAGGCCAAGGUGAUGAUCAUCUCCGGCAUCUUCUUCCUGCUGGCGGGGUUGCUGCUCAUCAUCCCCGUCUCCUGGACGGCCAGCACCAUUAUCCAGAACUUCUACAACCCCCUGCUGACCGACGGCCAGCGGCGGGAGCUGGGAUCGGCGCUCUACAUCGGCUGGGGCGGGGCCGCCUUGCUGCUGAUCGGAGGAGCCAUGCUGUGCAGCUCCUGCCCGCCCAAGGAGCAGAGGUACAAGCCCCCGCGCAUGGCCUACUCUGCGCCGCGCAGCGCCAGCGCGGCCGCGGGCUACGACCGGAAGGACUAUGUGUGAGAGGGGUGGCGGCAGGCCAGAGGAAGAGGGGCCAGAGGACGGGGGCCUUCAGCGUGUGAAUGUGAAGCGCUGUGAGAAAGAAGCGCAGCUUGAAUCUCCUGAGUUGACUCCGACAUGAAGGCUUAUGGUGUGUGGUAUUGGUUUUGUUUGAAGUUUAGUAUGCGCAUUAUAUAAAUAUAUACUUAUAGCAAAACAUUUGUAUCCAAUAAAUAUAUAUACAUAUAUCUAUAUUUAUUGGUUACAAAUGUUUUGUCUCGUUCGAAUAUUUGUACAUACUUUUUUUGUAACAUAUGAUCUGUACCUCUCCACGUGUAAUUCAAAAUGUCUGUGUCACUGUGUGUGAGCGUGGAGGGAAGGCUAGGGCUAGGGUUAACCCAAACCCUACCCCUACCCCUAGCCCCAACCCUAACCCCCAAAGUCCCCUUCUGAGAGGGGUGUCGCGUUUCACUGAAACCAGUUUUUAGAAGAAUCACUUCCCAGCGUUUGCAGACAAUGACAGGGAAAAGCCUGUUGGUCUGGGAGCGUCUGUGUGUGGGGAGGGGGGUUUUUUGCAUGCGUUUGCUUACCUGAGUUUCUGUUGAGACUGAAACCUAAGCUCCAGGUGUCCGUGGAAGGCCCCGGUCACGGAUAUUCUUGGUUCUUGGCCAAUGUUACUCUUGAGGACAUGGGAGGAGUGGACGACAUUUCAGUUUAUUUAUUUUUAUCUUUGUGUAUGCGACUGUGUGUUUGUGGGGCGUCUGUUGAUUCCAUACAACCCGAUACACAACCAUUUUGUAUUUUACAGUCUUCGUUGCAAUAAUGAAGAGUAGUGUCUGUUGUUGUGAUCUGUGGUGUUCUGUGUACUGUAAGACACGAAGCAGAACGGGUAUCUGGGUUGUGGCCCAGCAGCCCUCUGUUUGACAAACAUGCAAAUAAAGAAAGGCAAUGUACAGCAGGGAAGAGCAGGGGACAUAAAGACAGAGAGGAGGAGGCGGUUUCUGAAAACCUUGUAUAUAUAUAUAUAUAUAUAUAUAUAUAUAUAUAUAUAAAUAUAUAUAUAUAUACGUGGAAAAAAUAUAU